AUGACCUGCAAUCAUUUAGACCAAGUUUUUACUAAACCACAAUUAAAAGCAAAUGUUUUAAAAAAUUAUUCCAAAAUUAAAAAUGUCCUUUUAAACUCAAAUACUCCUGAGUUAAAAAGUUAUCAGUAUACAUUUGCAUUUACUUGCUUGGACUGCCAAGUAAUACCGCCAGGGAAAUCGUUUUUAUGUUUACAAUGCUCCUUCGUUGGUUGUUGGAACUACAAUCACUUCAUGAAUCAUUAUCUUAAAAGUAAACAUUUUUUAGGUGUCAAUUCUUUAAACGGAGCAUUAUAUUGUUUUAGAUGUAAUACCUAUGUUAUGGAUAAUGAGUUUGUAUCACAUGUAGACCAACUAAAAGACUGGGAUUUAAUAUUAGAAAAGUCAUUUGAACCAACCAAUUAUGAAUUGUUCACUGGAUUAAGUGGGAUUCAUAACAUGGGUUCAACUUGUUUUAUGAGCAGUGUUAUUCAGUCUAUAUCACAUAACCCUUAUAUUGUAAAAUAUUUUAUGGAUCAAUCACAUAUAUGCGCCAGUCAUCAGUCGAUAACCUCAGGUUCCAAUGUAAAAGUUGAAAAGGUUGAUUCUUCGUCCUGUAUGUCUUGCACAUUGUACGAUAUAAUAAACGACAUAUAUGGUUAUACUAUGACAGUGGGAUCCUUGGGGGAAUACAAGGAGCUUAACUCUUUGGAUUCGAAAUUACAAAACAAAAAUAUAGACCAUUCGUUUGUAAAAUUUUUACAAUGUGCUUGGAAAGUUAACAACAAUUUUACAGGUUAUACACAACAAGACGCUCACGAGUUUUGGCAGUUCUUGUUAAACCAAUUACACAACGAUUACACAAAACAUUAUGGAAAUAAUCACAAAUACAAUAACUCUUCUAAGAGUUUUCAAAGGCACAUUUGUGAUUGUGUUUCCCAUAGAACUUUCCAGGGAUUUUUAAAAAGCAUUAUUAAAUGUCCACAUUGUUCAAAUGAUCAGGUUACAAUCGAUCCUUAUAUGGAUUUAUCCUUAGACAUAUCAGAAAAUAAAACUACUUUGUAUCAAUGUUUAGAGAGCUUCCAUAAAAAGGAAAUAUUAAAAGAUUACCAAUUCAACUGUAAUAAUUGUUCUAAAACUAGUACCAGUGUCAGCAGAAAAUUUACUCUAAUGAAAAUACCUCCAGUUUUAGUUAUUCAAUUCAAAAGGUUUAGACACACGGUAAAUGGGAAAAGUGAAAAAUUGAAUAAUUUUAUAGAAUUUCCCGCCUAUCUAAAUUUAAAAGAUUUCUGUGAAGUUAAUUCCAUUCUCGGUAACAAGAAUAAUAACAAUAAAAUAAACAUCAUAUAUGAACUAUUUUCCGUGAUUAGCCAUGAUGGCUCCGUAGACACUGGGCAUUAUGUUUCAUUCUGUAAGGUUCAAAACAUGGAAUGGUAUAAGUUUAAUGAUAAUAUGAUUCAAAAAGUGUCGCAAAGUGAUGUUUUGAAAGAAAGAGCAUAUUUAUUAUUUUACUGCAUUAAAAACUUUGGCUAA